AUGACGAUUUCUACUAGCAACGGUGCCACCAAUGGCAACAAUGGUCACAACGGAGCUCACGCAUCCUCCAUCGGCUUCGCCACAAAGGCUAUCCACGUCGGUUCCGAACCCAAUCCUGCUACCGGUGCUGUCAUCCCACCUAUCAGCCUGAGUUCCACGUUCGCACAGGAUGGUAUCGGCAACCACAAGGGCUACGAGUACUCUCGAUCCGGCAACCCCAACCGUGACUCGUUCGAGCGUGCAGUUGCUGCGCUCGAGGGCGGCAGCCGAGGUCUCGCCUUCUCCUCUGGCUCGGCCGUCACCGCCACCAUUCUCAACUCGAUGCCCUCUGGCUCUCACGUCGUCAGCGUGAACGACGUCUACGGCGGUACCUACCGAUACUUCUCCAAGGUGGCCACUGUGUCGCAAGGCAUCCAGACCAGCUUCGUAGAGAUGGACGGUCCCGAGGCGGAGGUCAGCGAGCGUGUCAAUGCUGCGAUUCGCAAGGAGACGGCCCUCGUCUGGAUCGAGACUCCCACCAACCCUACUCUCCGAGUCAUUGACAUCCCACUCAUCGUCAAGCUCGUCCGAGACCAUCCCAACGCCAGCAGGGACAUCAAGAUCGUUGUCGACAACACCUUCAUGAGCCCAUGGUUCCAGAAUCCUAUUGUACAUGGUGCCGACUUGGUCAUGCACAGUGUCACCAAAUACCUCAACGGUCACAGUGAUGUGGUCAUGGGUGUUGCCGUCACCAACGACGAGGCCUGGGCAGACCGAUUGGCUUUCUUGCAGAACAGCAUUGGCGCUAUCCCAUCUCCUUUCGACUGCUGGCUCGCUCUUCGUGGUCUCAAGACCCUGUCUCUUCGAAUGAAGGCUCACGGCGAGUCGGCUCUUGCCAUCGCACAGUUUCUCGAGUCACACCCUUCCAUCGAGAACGUCAUCUAUCCCGGUCUUCCUUCGCACCCGGGCCACGAGGUCGCACGACGACAGAUCACACAGCGUGCUGCCGCUGCUCGACCUACUGGCUCUAACGGCACUUUCGCAUACGGCGGUAUGAUCUCGUUCCGAAUCAAGUCGAAUCCCGCCGACGAUGUUCCUGCCGACAAGUUCCUCUCCAACCUCAGCGUCUUUACCCUUGCUGAGUCGCUUGGUGGUGUUGAGAGCUUGAUCGAAUUGCCUUCCAAGAUGACUCACGGCUCCGUUGCACUCGAGGACAGGAUCAAGAUUGGUAUUGGCCACAACCUGAUCCGCGUCAGUGUUGGUAUCGAAGACACUACCGAUCUCAUCAGGGAUCUUGAGAACGGUCUCAAGGCUGCCGGCCUCUAA